AUGGCGGCGGCGGCAGCGCCGGCCCUGAAGCACUGGCGCACUACGCUGGAGCGGGUGGAGAAAUUCGUGUCGCCGCUCUACUUUACCGAUUGUAAUCUUCGCGGCAGGCUCUUCGGACACAGCUGCCCAGUGGCCGAGCUCUCCAGCUUCUUGACGCCCGAAAGACUUCCCUACGAGGAGGCAGUCCAGCAGGACUUCCGCCCCGCGCAGGUCGGCGACAGCUUCGGACCCACAUGGUGGACCUGUUGGUUCCGCGUAGAGCUGACCAUCCCAGAGGCAUGGGUGGGUCAGGAAGUUCACCUUCGCUGGGAAAGUGAUGGAGAAGGCCUGGUGUGGCGUGAUGGGGAACCUGUCCAGGGUUUGACCAAAGAGGGAGAGAAAACCAGCUACAUUCUGACUGACAAGCUGGGGGAGAAAGAACCCCGCAGCCUGACCCUUUAUGUGGAAGUAGCCUGCAAUGGGCUCCUGGGGGCCGGAAAGGGAUCCAUGAUCGCAGCCCCUGAUCCAGAGAAGAUGUUCCAGGUGAGCCGGGCUGAGCUGGCCGUGUUCCACCGGGAUGUCUACAAGCUCCUGGUGGACCUGGAGCUCCUGCUGGGCAUCGCCAAGGGCCUCGGGGAGGACAACCAGCGCAGCUUCCAGGCCCUGUACACUGCCAACCAGAUGGUGAACGUAUGUGACCCUGCCCAACCUGAGACCUUCCCAGUGGCCCAGGCCCUGGCCUCCAAGUUUUUUGGCCAACGUGGGGGUGAAAGCCAGCAUACCAUCCACGCCAUGGGGCACUGCCACAUUGACACAGCCUGGCUCUGGCCCUUCAAGGAGACCGUGCGGAAAUGUGCCCGGAGCUGGGUGACAGUCGUUCAGCUCAUGGAGCGGAACCCCGAGUUCAUCUUUGCCUGCUCCCAGGCGCAGCAGCUCGAGUGGGUGAGGAGCUACUACCCUGGCCUGCAUGCCCGGCUCCAGGAGUUUGCCUGCCGCGGGCAGUUUGUGCCCGUGGGGGGCACCUGGGUGGAAAUGGAUGGGAACCUUCCCAGUGGAGAGUCCAUGGUGAGGCAGUUCCUGCAGGGUCAGAACUUCUUCCGUCAGGAGUUCGGGAAGAUGUGCUCAGAGUUCUGGCUGCCAGACACAUUCGGCUACUCUGCGCAGCUGCCCCAGAUCAUGCGUAGCUGUGGUAUCAAGCGCUUCCUCACCCAAAAGCUGAGCUGGAACUUGGUGAACUCCUUCCCGCACCAUACCUUUCUCUGGGAGGGGCUGGAUGGCUCCCAGGUGCUGGCCCACUUCCCGCCUGGUGACUCCUAUGGGAUGCAGGGCAGUGUGGAGGAGGUGCUGAAGACAGUGGCCAAAAACCAGGACAAGGGACGGACCAACCACAGUGCCUUCCUCUUUGGCUUUGGGGAUGGAGGUGGUGGCCCCACCCAGACCAUGGUGGACCGCUUGAAGCGGCUAUGCAAUACCGAUGGGCUACCCAGGGUGCAGCUGUCUUCUCCGGAGCGACUCUUCUCGGCGCUGGAGGGCCACUCGGAGCAGCUGUGCACCUGGGUUGGGGAGCUCUUCCUGGAGCUACACAACGGCACCUACACCACCCAUGCCCAGAUCAAGAAGGGGAACCGGGAGUGUGAGCGUAUCCUGCACGACGUGGAGCUGCUCAGCAGCCUGGCCUUGGCCCGCAGUGCCCAGUUCCUCUACCCAGCUGCCCUGCUGCAGGAUCUCUGGAGGCUCCUGCUCCUGACCCAGUUCCAUGAUGUGGUGACUGGGAGCUGCAUCCAGCUGGUGGCAGAGGAAGCCAUGUGCCACUACGAAGACAUCCGUUCCCAUGGCAACACACUGCUCAGUGCUGCAGCUGCAGCCCUGUGUGCUGGGGAGCCAGGUCCCGAGGGCCUUCUCAUUGUCAACACGCUGCCCUGGAAGCGCACUGAAGUUCUGGCCCUGCCCCGGCCUGGUGGGGCCCACUCCGUAGCCCUGGUCACCGUCCCCAGCAUGGGCUUUGCUCCUGCUCCCACCCCCACCUCACUGCAGCCCUUGCUGCCCCAGCAGCCUGUGUUCGUAGUGCAAGAGACUGACAGUUCUGUGACUCUGGACAACGGCAUCAUCCGAGUGAGGCUGGACCCAACUGGCCGCCUGACAUCCCUGGUGCUGGUGGCCUCUGGCAGGGAGGCCAUUGCUGAGGGCGCCGUGGGGAACCAGUUUGUGCUGUUUGAUGAUGUCCCCCUGUACUGGGAUGCAUGGGACGUCAUGGACUACCACCUAGAAACACGGAAGCCAGUGCUGGGCCAGGCAGGGACCCUGGCAGUGGGCACUGAGGGUGGUGUGCGGGGCAGCGCCUGGUUCCUGCUGCAGAUCAGUCCUAAUAGUCGGCUCAGCCAGGAGGUUGUGUUGGACGUUGGCUGCCCCUAUGUCCGCUUCCACACUGAGGUGCACUGGCACGAGGCCCACAAGUUCCUGAAGGUGGAGUUCCCUGCCCGUGUGCGCAGCCCCCAGGCCACCUAUGAGGUCCAGUUUGGACAUCUGCAGCGGCCCACCCACUACAACACCUCUUGGGACUGGGCUCGAUUUGAGGUGUGGGCCCACCGCUGGAUGGAUCUGUCAGAGCACGGCUUUGGGCUGGCUCUGCUCAAUGACUGCAAGUAUGGUGCGUCAGUACGGGGCAACGUCCUCAGCCUCUCGCUCUUGCGAGCGCCUAAGUCCCCUGACGCCACCGUGGACAUGGGACGCCACGAGUUCACCUACGCGCUGAUGCCGCACAAGGGCUCGUUCCAGGACGCUGGCGUUAUCCCCGCUGCUUACAGCCUCAACUUCCCGCUGCUGGCGCUGCCGGCCCCGGGCCCGGCGCCCACCGCUGCCUGGAGCGCCUUCUCAGUGUCCUCGCCUGCGGUCGUGCUGGAGACUGUCAAGCAGGCAAGGGGCGGGGCGGGGCGGGGCAGGGGGCGCGUUCGGGGCUGGGCCUGCCAUAGACCCCGCCCACCACCACACCUCCCUCCGCAGGCGGAGACCAGCCUCCAGGGCCGCACACUCCUGCUGCGGCUCUACGAGGCCCACGGCAGUCACACCGACUGCUGGCUGCACACGUCGCUACCGGUUCAGGAGGCCAUCCUCUGUGACCUCCUGGAGCGCCGCGACCCUUCUGGGCCCCUACUCCUCCGGGACAACCGCCUGAAGCUCACCUUUACUCCCUUCCAAGUGCAGUCCUUGUUGCUCGUUCUGCAGCCCCCACCGAACUGA